AUGGUUAAUAUACAAAUAGAAAUACCCCUCAACAUUCCACAAUCAAACCAAACAUUACGUGAUAAUGUAUUUCGUAUUGUUCUUAGUUAUUUUAGUUGGUUAACAUUAUCUUUGAUAGCAAGAUGGAUUUCAAAACAACUUAUACCUAAAGUCAGAGCAAUGAAAGCAAAAGAACAAAUGCUUUGGCAAUUAUCAAUAACUAGAUUUAUAUUUGGAUUACCAAUAUUAUGGGCUGCAUAUAUGGUUUAUAUAGAUAGACGUAUUGCUCUUGAUCAUGUAUUUGCAUCCACUGAUGAAUCAUGGAUAUUUACAUGCAUUUUAACAGGUUAUUUUUUAUUUGAAGAAUUUGCAUUAAUUUAUUUCGAUAUAAAAUAUCAUGGAUUUUCAAAAGAAUUGCAUAUACAUCAUUUUUUUGUACUUAAUGGAUGUUUUAGUGUUGCUUAUUAUAAUCGAGGUCAUUAUUAUGCAGCUAAAACUUUUCUUCUUCAAAUAAGUACACCAUUUACAUGUAUUUGUUGGUGUUUAUUAAAAUUAAAUCUUGAAAAAACAAAAGCUUGGAAAAUAAAUCAAUGGAUAUUAAUUUAUAUUUUUCAUUUACGUUCAGUUUAUGAAAUCUAUUGUUGGUAUGGUAUUUAUCAAGAUUGGAAUUAUAUUAAACAGAAUCUUCCAUGGAUAUAUACAAUUAAUAUGAUGGUGGGUCUUGCUAUUAUUACUAUUUGGUUAACACCUUAUUGGACAUAUAGAAAAACAGUUCAAUAUUUUUCUCCAAACUAUUGGUAUAGAGAAAAUGAAGAAAAAAACGAUGAAAUUAACAAAACAUCAUGA